AUGGACGGGGUAUCCGGCAAUGCCUCCGGCAGCGGCGCAUCGACGUGCUGCUACUACGCGCUCCUCGGCAUCCGCAAGAACGCCUCCGCCACCGACAUACGCACUGCUUACCGGAGGCUCGCGAUGAAGUGGCACCCGGACCGGUGGGCCAGCGACCCCGGCGCGGCCGGCGAGGUCAAGCGCCGGUUCCAGCGGAUCCAGGAGGCAUACUCCGGUAAGGCCUACGUGUUUGGUUAUGCUUGGAUUUCACGAGAUUUGAUCGAAUUGCUUGUUUGGUUGGCGCAGUUCUGUCGGACAAGGGAAGAAGGCCAUGUACGACGCCGGGCUCUUCGAUCCCUCGACGACGACGACCAGGAUUUCUCCGACUUCAUGCAGGAGAUGCUGGUGAUGAUGGAUAACGUGAAAAACGAGAAGCCGGACACGCUGGAGGACCUGCAGAAGAUGCUGGAGGACAUCGUGAACGGCGACGGCGGGGGCGGCGUAGGCGGGCGCGCGCCGCCGGAUGGUGCCCGGCGGACGCGCGUCGCGCCCUACCCGCAGCCGGAGCAGGCGCGCAGGUGA